UUCUCUCUCUCUCUCUCCGCGUCUCUCUUUUCUCUCUCAUUUUUCCCACCAAGAAGGCCUGCUACUACUUUUCAAGAGUCUCUCUGUUCUCUCUCUCCAAUGUCUACUUUGGCUUAUUUGGGUUAGGGUUUCUUAGCCGUGUCCGCUUUGACGAACGAGAUGUUGCAUAAAACCCUCCUCUCUAUGCAAAACCCUCCACUCUAUCUCUAACUUCUCCUUGUUGAUCUCAAAGGGCUUACUAGGUCAAGCAUGGUUUGAAUUACCUCUUUCUGGUGGCGGCAGUAGUGGAAUGGGAAUGUACAGAAUUUCUGGUAGAAAUAGAGAAGCAUAUCUGAUUCAAGGCACCGAGUCAAACCCUCGUUUAGCAAGUCCACCUCUUGAAUCAUUUCCCACCAUGUAUAGCGAAGGAGGCCCAGAGUUUGUAGUUGAACCGGGCUUGUAUUACCCUACUGCCACUAACUAUGGGUAUAUCUGUACAGGAUUUGAAUCACCCGGCUAUUGGGAUGACCACCAUAGGUUUUUUGGUCUGGAUGGUCAAGAAGUUCAGUACUCGGGUGCGGAAACUGAAAGUUUGCCAUAUGUAUAUUAUUCACCUAGCUACGGAUAUGCAGAGUCUUCAUAUAACCCUUGCUACCCUUACAUUCCUGGUGCUAUGCUAGGAGUUGAUGACCCAUUUAUAGGCUCACAACAGUAUUACACCAUCCCGUCUUAUGAAAUCCCCAUGUAUUCUCCUGCUUACUACCCCAUGGUAUUUCAAUCUGAGCCAGAGAUCAUCUCAAGUAAUGGAGCAGCACCCUUAGACACUGGUUCCUUUAGUGAAAAAAGUGUUGAUGGGCAAGGACUGAAGAAUAAAGUGCCUUCCACACCUGCAAAUUUACUAACAGUACCAAGGCCUGCUUCAAAUCAGACACGUUCCUCUGCUAGGGUAUCAGAAGGCCCUAAAGCUAAUGUUGGACCAAGUAAGCUUCCUGCAGCACAGGGAGGCUUUAUAUCUGGUAGUUUUUCCAGUUCGCCAUCGUCACACGUGCUCCAGGGUAGAGGUGCUCAAGCUGUAGAUAACAUUUCACACGGGAAGACUUCAUUCCGACGUGGCCAAAUAAAAAUGGCAUUGUCUUCCAGUACUGGCUUGUCUAAAUUCGGAUCAAGUGCUAAUGGCCAGACUUCAAUGGAAAAGAGUCGGUCCAAGUCCUACCAUGGCAGAGUUUCAAAUGACGUAAAUGGAAGUCCAGAUGGAUCGACUGAACAAAAUCAAGGCCCUAGAAGCAACCAAUCCAAAAAUCAUUUCGCUGUUAAAGCCUACACAACCAGAGCUGGAGAGAGCGAUGCACAAGGGAACAUCAUUAUUUAUACUGAUCAACAUAACAGGGAUGAUUUUCCAAUAGAUUACAUGAACGCAAAGUUCUUUGUAAUCAAAUCAUACAGUGAGGAUGAUGUGCACAAGGGUAUUAAAUACAGUGUUUGGUCAUCGACCCCAAACGGAAACAAGAAGCUGCAGAGUGCAUAUGAAGAUGCCUGUAGAAUAGCUGCUGGAGAGAAAAGAGGCUGUCCUAUCUUCCUGUUCUUUUCUGUUAAUGCAAGUGGCCAAUUCUGUGGUGUUGCAGAGAUGACUGGCCCCGUUGACUUCCACAAGGAUAUGGAUUUCUGGCAGCAAGAUAAAUGGAUUGGAAGCUUCCCUGUGAAGUGGCACUUUAUAAAAGAUGUAUCUAAUCCCAACUUUCGGCACAUCAUUUUAGAGAACAAUGAGAAUAAGCCUGUAACUAAUAGCAGAGAUACACAAGAGAUAAGGUAUAAACAAGGUAUCGAGAUGCUUAAAAUUUUCAAAAACUACAAAUGGAAGACAUCUUUACUUGAUGAUUUCAUGUACUAUGAAAAUCGACAAAAGAUCAUGCGGGAGGAGAAAACUCGGUUACUGGUCAAAGGCUACGGAAGUUCAUUCCUUAUUCCUGCAUUGGAUCCCCCCCGGAAGCACAAUUUUCUGUUUGACAUGACUUCUGGAGAAGAGCAGAAAACUACCAAGCCUAGUGAACUUAAUAGCUCGGAUUCUGAUGCCAGCAGCCUAAGUAUUGCUAAGGGAAAUUGUGAGCGCAUUGUGGAUGAACCAAAAGAGGAUUAUGCAUCUUCAGUGAAGAUUGGUUCACUCACAAUCAACCGAAAAGAGGCUGUAUCUAAAGCAGAAGCUGCAUCUAAUGUGGCUACAGUAGGAGAUACCAAGGCCGUUGACACACUCACAGUCGGCUCGAUGCCUGUCAGAGUCAACAAUGGCAACUCAUCUGGUUUCUUAACAGUUGGGACUAUCCCAAUCGAUCCUCCUAAACCACUGCACCAUGAAGCAGAUUUUACGAAAAGCGAAACUCAUCGUUGAUGAUGGAAUGGUAUCUUAGUGUUCGAAUGUGUUGGUUCUUGUUCCUUACUAGUAAAAGAAUGUGUACUCUUGUUAGGUCAAGUGUUUUACUCCCUCCGUUCAAUUAUUUAGUUCUUUCUUGAGAAUCGUUUUGUUUUGCGAAUCAGAAAACAAAAGUACUUUUUUGCAUAAUUUUUUUGACUUUUUUCGCACCAAUUGGAAGACCCUUUAAAUUGGUGUGACAAAGAUCAUAACGUUAUGUAUGGAAGUGCUUUUUGUUUUGGUAAUCAAAACGACACGGUUUCAAAAAAGAAAGAUCAUGGGAUGGAUAGAGUAAUAUAGUUAGUUCCUCUAUUUGUUUUUCCUUUUUACAGCCCUUCUUUGGGUUGGUCUGCUGUAUGUUCAGCUGUUUCUAAUGUCUUGUGUCUUUUUUUAUGGGGGAUUAUGGAGGUGUUUGGCUGAUUUAACAGGAAUACAGUGUGUCAAAUCCUUUCCUUUCUCCCUUUUU